AGCAGAUAGCGUAACACCCCCCUCCUCCUCCUCCUGCGUGUGGAGAAUUGCGUUAAAGCAGAAAAGGAAAGGCCUGCGCUUUACCCACUAUCACAGGAUUAUAUUUUUUAAUUUCCCUCCUUUUCUUUGCCCCCCCAGAUUAAACGAGGAGACGUCGCUGGCUGGUGUAUGUGUUUAGAAUGGGACACGCUGAAGGUCCAGUCAAAGAAAAAGACAGUUAAGGAUGCAGGAGCCCAACAAUGGAUUUCUCCUUCUCUUUCAUGCAAGGGAUCAUGGGAAAUACAAUUCAGCAACCCCCUCAGCUCAUUGACUCAGCCAACAUCAGACAGGAAGGCACCUGCGACACCGGCAGUGACCCGGGCGAGGAUGGUGGUCCCUCCUAUGAUGCUGCCCUGGAUGCAGAGUUCUCCUACCCGCCGUCAGCCUCGGAGGACAUGCAGCAGGUCUCUAAUGGCUUCCCGCCUGGCCUGGGCAUAUACGAGCCGCAGGCCAAGUUUUCCAUGUACUCGCAGUUCCCCAACGGCUCGGCGAAUGGCUACGGGGCCAUACGGAGCUAUGGAGACCACGGCCUCCUGCCCGGGGAGGGGACUGUCCUGAGAGGCCCGGGUCUCCAGGAGAGGCCUUUGUCUCCUGUGUCUCCGCCGCUGCCCACACAUCACCCGCACCUCCACCACCACCAUCAUCUCCCCCAUCAUCACCACCACGCGCACCCAUUCCACUCGAACCCACCUCAUAUACAAACACUCCCGCACCGACAGAGUCCCCCGCCCCCGCCACUGCCCUUACAGCACCACCUGUCCCAGACGCCUCACAUCAUGACCCACACUCUCCCCCCUCCCCCUCCAUUACACCUGCCUUCCUCCAGUCCUCCCCCCUCACUUGUGGACAGUACCCCCUCAUCUCAGCCCAUCCACACCCCGUCCAACACCCCUGGUGGGGUGCUGAUGAAAACCAGCUCUCCAGAGAUCAAGCUAAAGAUCAUAAAGACGUAUCAGAAUGGAAAAGAGCUGUUUGAAUCUGCGCUGUGUGGAGACCUACUGCAAGAGCUGCAGAGCGAGUCUCAGAGGAACGAUUCUACUCCGAUGCAACGCAGACAUGAGAGGAAGAAGGAGAAGCGGAAAAAGAGUGCAAGGCUGCAGCUGCAGGUCCAGGAACAGAGCCUGGAGGAGAGACAAACACAGGCAGGUACCACGGACCAGACAGAGGACAUCCACGUCCAAACCCCGCCGAGAGAAACCCCCCCAGCCCUGACAAAGAAGCCUCAGAAGACGGUUAUCAAAACUGAACCAAAGACCCCGAAGGUUCCGAAGGUCCAUCAUCCAUCAGUAAUCCAAGAGACGGGCUUCUGCAAGGAGUUUAUGAUAGGAGAUCUGGUGUGGUCCAAAGUGGGCACCUACCCCUGGUGGCCCUGCAUGAUCUCAUCUGACCCACAGAUGAAGGUCCACACUCGCAUCAACACCAGGGGUCACAGGGAGUAUCACGUCCAGUUCUUUGGCAGUGUCGCUGAGCGAGCGUGGAUCCAUGAGAAGAGGAUCGUCAUGUACCAAGGGAAGCAACAGUUUGAGGAACUUCAGGCUGAUACUCUGCGCAAGACCACAAACCUUGUAGAGAAAAGUAAACUUCUGAAGCCUAUUGCUCAGCGGGAGCGUUCUCAGUGGGAGGUAGGUGUGGGCCACGCCGAGGAUGCCUUCCUGAUGACCCGGCAGGCGCGAAUUGACACCUACACCUUCAUCUAUGUUGACCCUGACCCCAGUGAAGGCCCGUCAAGCAGAAAGCCCACUGUCAGGGCAGAGAAACGAAAUCGGCGCUCGAGCGGCUCAAUCACUAAGAAGGAAGGAGGAGGAGUGAAGUCACCAGACAGAGAGCAGCCACCGAGAAGGCAGCUGCCGCGUAGACAGUGUAGUGUUUCAAAUACGGAUGACAACACAAACUCCCAGGCCUCAAAUGAAGAGAAGAACCAGAGGGGGGACCAGCGUAAGACCAGCUCCCCGAAACAGAACGCUGAUGGUGAUGCACAAACACGGCAGGAAUCUCCACCACCAGUUCGGGCCUGGAAAACCGCAGCGGCCCGAAAGCUGCUGCCACUUUCCAUCACCAUGAAGAGGCUGAAUGUGGAGAUCACAAAGUGUGACUGGCCUCUCUUGCAGAAAAAAGCAGUUCCAUCCCCAAAAAGAGACAACGAAGAGGAGAAGGAGGAGAGAGUGGAGGGGGAGGCCCGGCAGCCUGACCUGGGAUACUGCUCUCCUGAGGACAGCAGAGCUAAACCUGAGCCAAGUCCAGAGGAAGAGGAAGACGGAGAUGAAGGGGAGGAAGAAGGAGAAGGCGAAGGUGAGGGUGAAGGAGAAGGAGAAGGAGAAUGCGAGGGAGAGGGCGAAGGCGAAGGUGAAGGCGAAGGAGAGGCAGAGGGAGAAGGAGAUGAGAGGAGAGGAUCCCCCGCCAGUCGGAGGAGUGAGGAGGGAGGAAUGCAGCAGACCUCCUCUCCUGGGUCCCACCACAGUAGUCCACAUGGUUCUCAGGAGAGGAAGCUGCAGCGCCGGUCCGUCAGGAGCAGGUCUGAGUCAGAGAGGGGCGGUGAUCCCGUCCCCAAGAAGAAGACCAAAAAGGAACAGGCGGAGAUGGCUCCUGAAACCACACUUAGGACAGGUUCACAGAAAGGAGCCAGUGAGAUCUCAGAUGCCUGCAAGCCCCUCAAGAAGCGAAGCAGAGCGUCGACAGAUGUGGAGAUGGCUUCAUCUCAGUACAGAGACACCUCUGAUUCCGACUCCAGAGGUCUCAAUGAUCCACAGGGUUUAUUCGGGAAGAGUCUGGAUAGUCCGGCAGCAGCAGAUGCAGACGCCUCAGAUACUCAGUCUGUAGACUCCGGGUUAUCUCGUCAGGACAGCAGCACCGGCAAGAGGGACACUGUCUGCCAGAUCUGUGAGGUGUAUGGAGAAGGUUUGGUGGUGUGUGAAGGUGACUGCAGCAGACAGUUUCACCUGGAGUGUCUCGGCCUGACGUCCCUUCCCGAAGGCAGAUUCACGUGUUUGGAAUGUAGGAACGGCAAUCAUCCGUGUUUCAGCUGUAAAACCGUGGGCCAGGAGGUGACGCGAUGCUCUGUGUUGGGAUGCGGGUGUUUCUACCACGAGGAUUGCGUCCGUAAACUCCCGGGCACCACCAGCAGUCCGGGCGGAGGCUUCUGCUGCCCACAGCAUAGCUGCUCUACCUGCUGCCUGGAGAGAGACCUGCAAAGAGCUAGUAAAGGUCGCCUGAUGCGUUGCAUACGCUGUCCGUCGGCCUAUCACACGGGAGACGGCUGCGUGGCGGCGGGUAGUGUCGCCCUCACCCAUCACAUCAUGAUCUGCAGCAGCCACGGCAGCGCCAAGAGGAACGGCCUCCUCACCUCACCUGUCAACGUGGGCUGGUGCUUCCUGUGUGCCCGAGGGCUGUUAGUGCAAGACCUUACUGACACCAUAUUAAGUUCAUAUGCCUAUAAGUCCCACUACCUUCUGACUGAGUCAAAUCGUGCUGAGUUGAAAUUACCUAUGAUUCCCUCUCCUUCGUCAGCUACCAAAAAGAAUGUUGGGAAAGGAGGCAAGUUGCUGUGCUGCGACUCUUGCCCAGCUUCCUUCCACCCGGAGUGUUUGGAGAUCGAGACGCCGGAGGGAGCGUGGUCCUGCAGUGAUUGCAGGGCAGGGAAGAAACCUCACUACAAACAAAUUGUCUGGGUUAAGCUCGGCAACUACAGGUGGUGGCCUGCAGAAAUCUGCAACCCUCGCUUGGUGCCAUCAAACAUUCAGAGCCUGCGCCACGACAUUGGUGACUUCCCCGUCUUCUUCUUUGGCUCCCACGACUACUACUGGAUCAACCAGGGCCGCGUCUUCCCCUACGUGGAGAAUGACAAGAACUUUGUCUCUGGUCAGAUCAACAUCAACAAAACCUUCAAGAAAGCUCUGGAGGAAGCAGCUCGGCGGUUUCAGGAGCUCAAGGCACAGAGGGAGAGCAGGGAGGCUUUAGAGCAAGAACGCAACUCUCGCAAACCUCCACCAUACAAAUGUAUCAAGUCCAACAAACCAGUGGGGAAAGUGCAGGUGCACGUAGCUGACCUGUCAGAAAUCCCACGAUGCAACUGUAGACCAACAGAUGAGCAUCCUUGCAGUCUUGAUUCCCAGUGUCUCAACCGCAUGCUGCAGUACGAGUGUCACCCACAGGUGUGUCCUGCAGGAGACAACUGUGAGAACCAGUGUUUCACGAAGCGGCUGUAUGCAGAGACAGAAGUGGUGAAGACGGACGGCCGUGGCUGGGGCCUCAGGGCAAACCAGGCUCUCAGGAAGGGUGACCUAGUGACAGAGUACGUGGGGGAGGUGAUAGACUCAGAGGAGUGCCAGCAGCGAAUCAAACGUGCCCAUGAAAAUCACGUGAGCAACUUCUACAUGCUCACCCUCACCAAGGAUCGUGUGAUCGACGCCGGCCCAAAGGGGAACUCGGCCCGGUUUAUGAACCACAGCUGCAGCCCGAACUGUGAAACCCAGAAGUGGACGGUGAGCGGGGACGUUCACAUCGGACUUUUCACGCUUUGUGAUGUAGACGCUGGCACAGAGCUGACGUUCAACUACAACCUGCACUGUGUGGGCAACAGGAGAACGUCCUGUCACUGUGGAUCAGACAACUGCUCUGGAUUCUUGGGGGUGCAGCCGACGAGUGCUGUGGUGAUGGAGAAAGAGGAGAAGGCCAGGAACGCCAAGUUGAAGCCGAAGAAGCGGAAGCUGCGGCUGGAGGGAAAACACACACACGAGUACUUCUGCUUUUGUUGUGGAGAAGGAGGAGAGCUGGUGAUGUGUGACAGAAAGGACUGUCCGAAGUCGUACCACCUGCUGUGUCUCAACCUCACCAAGCCGCCAUAUGGACGCUGGGAAUGUCCUUGGCAUGACUGCAGUGUUUGUGGCGCGUCAGCCUCGUCACUCUGUGAUUUCUGCCCUCGCUCAUUCUGCCGGGACCACGAGGCAGGGGCGUUCACCGCCUCCUCCCUGGAAGGCCGCCCCUGUUGCUCCAGUCACAACCCCCUCAGUCCCUUGGACUCCAGCUCCAACUCUACCCAUCAGCGCCACUCUGCUUUGAGCCCCAUCAGGGUCAAAGAGGAACCAGAGCCAGAGACGGACCCACAGUCCGCAGAGUGACGCCACACCUCCUUCAAUACCUCAUUCCCUCUUGUUGGCCUCCUGCGCUCCGGUCCACCGAAGCCACGCACUCCAAAAGGGAAUACAGUGCUUUUUGACCAGUGUGAUGGCUGCUGCUCAGCGUCGAGACACACGACCAACACUGUAGAGUGACUGGAGUGUCGGCAUAGGAAUCAUUGUGCGCCGUUUUCCCUUCUCUCUUGCCAUAAAGCACCACCGAUUACACUCUUCCCAGCACGCUUGCGUCCAUCGGAGGGCCCAGACCACCACCUCGUUGCAUUUCCCUUUUUUUUUUUACACCUAUGAAAUUUUUAAGUGUUGUCACGUCGUCAGUUUCCGUCACUUUGAAGAACUCAUCGAGUGAAGUGGAGGGAGGUGUGAGGCGGAACCUCUCCACCGCCGUGCUGCUCAUCUCCUCGUUUACCUGCUGUACGCUGUGGUCGGCAUCUCAAACACAAGAUGGCCUCACGGAAAACAAGCCGGCCUUUUGUCCAUCUCUCCCUGACGUGAUCUGUCGUCGUAUUUCUUCUUCUUCUACUGGCAGAAAAGGAGUGGGGUUUGGGGGCGGGGGGAGGGAAUGAUCGAUUUUGUGCAAUUUUUUCAGGACCACACUACAUUCCAACCUUCCUUAAACACGGUUUUAAUAUACUUAUGAGUAUAGAUGAAUAUAAUUAUAUACAAUAUCUAUGUUUGUUAAUGUUUACAGGCAGAUUCUCUCACUUCAUCUCAGUGAGUGGUGUAUUAUGUUUGUUUGUUUAGGUGUUAAGCAUUACGCAGACCUCUUUGUGAAAAUAGUCCUAUUAAGGUGAAAUAUAAUGGUAUAUAGUGUAAUGGUAUCACAUUACAGAAGUACUUGUGAUUUUCAUAUUGCCAGUCUCACUCGCCAUUGUGUACAUACUUGGCUCAUAAUAUUGUAAAGUACUUAAAGAUCAGGAGGGACGGAGCCUUGCCUCUUCGGUUGUUCCUGGAAGAAGGAAAAAACGCUUUUUUAAACAACAAGACAAAUCCUUUUUAUUUUCCUUUUUGGAUAGAACGUUCCGUUCUCACAUUUCCUCCGAGCAGUUACUGUUAUUUGUAUUGUAGAUGGAGGAGCCCAGCUUGUGAUCACUGGUGCUGUCUCAAAGUAUUGUUAACCAGCCUUAAGUUUGAUUCUGGCUGUAGCAACUACUGCCCAGACGGAGUCCAUUUCAGUAACGCUGUGUACUGUGACCGCUUUAAAUGCUCGUUUUCCUUUUUCUCUCCUUUUUUUGUUUUGUUUUCUUCCGUUGGUUGUUUUGCCAAACUUUUCUGAAAAGCACUUUCACACGGCUUGUCGCUACACAAUUUAGCUAGGUCAUAUACAGAAAUGUAUAUUUAAAGAACAUAGGACAAGUGUUUCAAAAUGGAUACCUCUUCUUCUUGUAGUAACGUCGGGAUUUAAACUGUGUUUUUUGCUCUCUCUCAGAAAUGUGUUGAGGGCUGGGCGUAGAUUUUUGUUUUUUUCAUUUUGAGGAAAGUGGCCUAAAAGCAGUUUUUUGUUGUUUUUUGGGGGCACAAGUAGAAAUGACUGCCACUCUGGCCUCUAACGAAGAAGUCCUCAGUUCAGUGUCCUCGGGGGAGACGCUUCUUUCCACCUGGAGAUUCUCCUCAAGGCUGGGCUCUAUAUAAAGACAUGUCAGUAUAGCAGCAGUCCAGUAUGAUGAUGUACAAAAUACAAACUCCUGUACAGUGUUUUUAAUCAGUCAUCUGUCAGAUCCAAUUCUUUUGUAUUUAUUGCACCACAUUUUAUACCAGUUUCUUUUUCAAACACCAGUACAGUAACCUGUCUCCUCUCCACACCGGUGUAAGUGAAAUAGACUAUUUAAAAAAAAAAACACGGGGAGUUUUACAUAUUAUAUCUGUAUCCAGUCAUUUGCACACGUUAGGUUUAUUUUUUUGGUGAAACUUUGGUGUAAUGAUUCCACAUUUGGUGACAGCAGCUGCUCAUCGACCUGUAUCGUGGCUCACUGUAAUCGUGAAGCAGUUCAAUAUUGGAAUGUGAAGUGUUCAGAGCCGGUUUUUUGUACAGUUUUAGCCUGGACUCAAGUGAUCAUCACAGGAGGAAGCGUUCCUGUCAUCAUGCCUCAGCCUUUUGCUUGUGAUUCCUCCUCGGUUACACAACUGCUUUUGUGUUUCUCCUCCUUCCCUGAAGUCUUUUUUUUUCCUUCUUCUUCUUCUCAAGCCUCGCACAGUGGUGGGUGUUUUAAAGCCGAAGCCACAGGGUGAAACGGUGCCAAUGUUUCCAAACCAUUUCAGUUCAUUCACGGUCUCUUAGAAUGCAUGAAGUAGACUCACUUUGUUGUCCGUUUGUUAGGCACAGAACUAAUGCAGUUUAUCACAGCAGUCCUGCAUUGAAUCCUUCCUUUUGAUAAGGUUAAUGUUCAGUUCUUGUUUGUAGGUAUUAGGUUGUUUGUGACUGCAUUGUGUUAUAAUGGCAGGUGUGUCUAUAACAGAGACACAGUUCAACAACGAAACAUUUGCUGCAGGAGUGUUUUAUUAGACUGCAUCAGUUUCAGCUCAGUUUUCUUACUAAAUUUAAUCAUGAAGCAAGAAGCCUUUCAAUUUAAAAAAAGAGGUGGAGCCAGUGAGAGCAGAACAUAAAAAAAGCUGAAUUAAUUAGACAUUUUUAACUAAACUAAUAAUAAACAUUUACUCCUUUGCUCUCAUUGGAAAAUCCAGUCCACUCUUCAGUGUAUGUGCAUCGGUGGUUUCUCCUUAACCCAUCGCAAUUAUGUUACGUGUUUAUUUGACGUCAAAACUAGUUCAUGUUUUGAAUUGAUCCAUCAGCAAAUGAAUUAGAAAACACCCUGUAGUGUCCAAACUCUGCUCGUGUAUUGUUUCUGCACAUUGAACGUCGAGCACUGAAGUUAGGUGACAAUUAGCCAAACGUGUUUUUGAGAUAAUGUGGUUCUCAUUUUGCCAAAUAGAUGCACAAAGACUGACAUUUAUUUGGAGAAAGAAUACAAGAAAAUGACUGCAUGUCUGUAUUUGUGCACAAACUGAGCACAUUGUAUUUGCUGCAGCUUUUCUCCUUGUUUCUCUCUGUGAUCAUGAUUUUCUGAUUUCCUUUGUGCAGCUAAGUCCAAUUUCCAAAUCUUGCCAAACUUUUUUUUAUUAAUGAUUCAUUAUUCUUUACCAGAUAGGUGCAUAUUUAGAGCUCUUUCACUUGCAUACUCAAAACUUGAAUUUUCUAUAUAUUUUUCUUUUAAUUUAUUGAUGUAUUUUUUAACAAAGGAUUCAUAUACAGUCUGUGAUUAUCAGGGCGUAGACUUCUUUGACAUGUGUUUGUGGCUUCAGAGGAAAAAGUCUGACUAAAUGAGUUGUGUUGACAAAAACUGGUCUUAAUUUUUCAGCCCUUUCCUUAGUUCCUGCUCCAAACACCACACACUGGUUUAAUCCUCUUCUCUCAUCAUUUGGAGAUUCUUACGAUGCCUAGUUCUAGUGCUAAUGUUCUGUUUAUGUCCCUUACUUGUUUUUGUUUUCCAGUAUUGCACAGAGAUUCUGUAAAACCGAAUAGCCCUUACUUUUUAUUAUGUUUUUGUUUUCUUUUGCACCUGCAGGUUGCAUGAUGAUCUUAGUUUGUGCCAGUUCGUGCUCUUCUGCCCCUCUCAGCUGGAACAGCAGCAGUAUUACAGAAGGCCUAAUUUAAGUGUCCCCAGCGUUUCAUUCACUUAAAAUACUAUCUGAUGUAUGUGUUUUGUUGGUUUACUCUCAGUAUCGUGCCCACAUUUUGAUUUGUGAGAAGACAGCAUGCUUGUUCUCAUUUAAGUGACCCUUACAUUCGUCUGGGGGAGUGUCCAGGAUUUGCUAAUUAUAAUUUUUUUUAAUCUAAAACUAAAUUUAGUAUGUCAAAGGGUAUGUUUAUGUUGACUGUGACGUCUUUUUUAGUUUUUCGUGCAAUGUCGCCAACAGUCGAUGAGUUUCUAAUUGACAUGCUGUCAGAGGAGAACUAGUGUUGAGAUAAAAUAAGUGAAUUCACCUUCAUUAGCCCUCAUCUCUUUUUUCUCGUAGUGAAAUUGCUUACGGUAACUCUAACUGGGGUCAUAUCUAUCUCGUGGUGUUGCUUCAAGUAAAACGUGGAUGAACACAAAAUUACCAUGUUUAUAACUGUUCGACCUGUGUUACUGCAUUUCUGCAUAUUGUCGAGGAACCUGUAAAUAGUUUGCAUUGAACUUGCAUAGAAUCAUGUUACUGUGGCGUGCUCUUUUUGCUUGUACAAUUCUGCUUCUAAAUGUGUGUGUGACUGUUGAGACGACACUCUUUUUGUACAUGACUGUCUUUUUAUUUGAGAAUAUUGAUUCUGUCCUUUUUCAUUUUAAAGUUGAGUUUGAAGAGUUCAGACAUGCCUGAAGUUUGACUUUAAAUAAAGCUGUACUCGGUCUCAGUGAAA